AUGUUUUUCUUGAAAGAUCUAUCAUUAAAUAUAACAUUACAUCCAUCAUUCUUUGGACCACAAAUGGAUCAGUAUCUACGUGACAAAUUGUUAAGUGAUGUAGAGGGGACAUGUACUGGUCAAUUUGGAUACAUAGUAUGUGUCCUAGAUUCAAUGAAUAUAGAUGUAGGGAAAGGAAGAAUAAUACCUAGUUCAGGAAUGGCAGAAUUUGAAGUAAAAUACAGAGCAGUAGUGUGGAAACCUUUUAAAGGGGAAGUAGUUGAUGCCGUUGUAACAACUGUGAAUAAAAUGGGAUUUUUUGCAGAUGUGGGGCCUUUGUCAGUGUUUGUUAGUACACAUCUAAUACCGAGUGAUAUGAAAUUUAACCCAUCGGCAAAUCCACCUGCUUAUUCAAGUCCAGAUGAAAAUAUAGAGAAAGGCUCAAAAGUGAGGUUAAAGAUUGUGGGAACAAGAACAGAUGUGAAUGAAAUCUAUGCUAUUGGAAGUAUAAAGGAAGAUUAUUUAGGUCCAAGUCCUAUGUAA